AGUUGUUUGCAAUCUGCCAAAAACCGAGAGAAGAAGAAGAACUAUUUGGCGGGGAGGUUAGCUGCGUUUCAAACACAACAACACACAACUCCUCUCAGCAGCAGCUGUCGGUGUGUCUGUGGGGUUCUUCUACCGAAAAAUUCCAGAAUUGUGUUUGUUAAUCGUGGACAAGCUAACACACAGGAUGGAUAACUCUCAACACAACGGCGAAGUUGAGGAGAUUUCCAAGAAACUAGAAAAGUCCUUGUCCAUGGAUACAGAAGACAAGAUGGAAACCUACCAAAGAUUCAUUAAAGAGGGAAAAGAUGUUGCCAGACAAGGCGACAUGAACCAAGCGCUGAAGUUUUUCAAACUGGCGUACAAAAUUCACCAGAGUCAAAAACUUGAAAGCCGGAUAAAGCAAAUGGAAGAACUUCUUGCUCAGAGUGACUCAGAGGAAGAAGAUGAAGAGUUUGUGAAUGUUAACGGCAGCGGCUUAAUGCUUUUCAAAGAGUUGUAUGACAAGCUUUAUGACUACCAAAGAAAUGGAGUCGCCUUCUUGUACAGUCUCUGCAGAGAUGGACGUAAAGGUGGGAUCUUGGCAGAUGACAUGGGCCUUGGUAAAACCAUCCAGGUGAUAGCAUUCCUCUCAAGCAUGUAUGACAACGAGCUGGCCAAGCACACAUUGCUGGUCAUGCCAACUUCUCUCAUCACAAACUGGACCAAGGAGUUUGCCAAAUGGACUCCUGGCAUGAGGGUGAAGGAGUUUCACGGACCGAGCAAGGAGAGGACCAGGAAUUUGGAGAAAAUUCAGAGGAGAAGUGGUGUUAUCAUCACCACGUACUCCAUGCUUAUGAAUAACUGGCAGCAAUUGUCAUCUUACAAUGGCAAAGAGUUCACAUGGGACUACAUGAUCCUAGAUGAGGCACAUAAGAUAAAAUCCUCAACUACCAAAACAGCCAAAAGUGCCCACGCCAUACAUUCAAAAAACAGAGUUCUCCUAACUGGCACUCCAGUCCAAAACAACCUGAAGGAAUUGUGGGCUCUCUUUGACUUUGCUUGCCAAGGGACUCUCUUAGGCACAGCUAAAACAUUCAAAACGGAGUAUGAGAACCCAAUCACCCGGGCCAGAGAAAAGGACACCACUCCAGGGGAAAAGGCCCUCGGGUCUCGAAUGUCUGAGAACCUCAUGGCCAUAAUCAAACCCUACUUCCUCCGCAGGACAAAAGCAGAAGUGCAGAAAAACAAUAAGAAAGGCCAACUUCCCUGUAAAGAGGAAUAUUCAGAGACCAAGGACGGCAAGGUCCAAAAUACUCCAAAAGACUCCGGCGCAGUCAUGCCAACACUGACUAGAAAGAACGACUUAAUUGUCUGGACUUACCUUAGUCCUGUUCAGGAAGAUAUUUACAGGCAGUUCCUUUCACUGGACCACAUCAAGGAGCUGCUCAUGACAACCAGAUCACCUCUAGCUGAACUGAACAUAAUGAAGAAGUUGUGCGACCAUCCAAGACUGCUCUCUGCUGCAGCCAUAGCCAAGUUGGGCUUAGAAGAAAAUACAGCUCAAGGUCAGCAGAAUGAUAACAUGGAGACAGGCACAUGCACCAUCGCCAACAUUCCAGACGAGACCUUAAUAUCUGAGUCAGGGAAGCUCGUCUUUCUGUUUGCACUUCUCCAAAGGCUCAGAGAAGAAGGUCACCGCACGCUUGUCUUUGCUCAUUUCAGGAAAGUGCUCGACAUCAUCGAGCGCAUCCUGGGCAACAGAGGCUUUAAAGUAUUGAGAUUGGAUGGCACAAUAAUUCAGCUUGCAGAGAGAGAGAGACUAAUCACCAAGUUCCAGACAGACAAAAGCUACUCUGUCUUUCUCCUGACCACCCAGGUUGGAGGGGUUGGUAUCACUUUGACGGCAGCAAACCGAGUCGUGAUCUACGAUCCUAGCUGGAACCCAGCAACAGACGCCCAGGCUGUUGACAGGGCUUAUCGCAUUGGGCAGAACAAAAAUGUUGUCGUCUACAGACUGAUCACCUGCGGCACAGUAGAGGAGAAGAUCUACAGAAGGCAGGUCUUCAAAGACUCUCUCGUUAGACAAAAUACCGGGGACAAGAAAAACCCUUUUAGGUACUUCAGCAAGCAGGAGUUGAAAGAGCUCUUCCUCCUGGAGGACACAAGGUCCUCAUCGACUCAGCUGCAACUUCAAUCCCUGCACUCCGGAAACCGAAGGACAGACGCGGAACUGGACGAACACAUUGCCCAUCUCCACACCAUGGAGAUAUUUGGGAUCUCUGACCAUGACCUCAUGUUUUCCCUUGAUGUUAACCACGAUGAUGACCCUGAAGACCAAGAGGCCCAUCACUACAUUGAAGGGAGAGUGCAGAAGGCCCAGGAGCUGAUGAAGGCUGAGUCAGAGUUAACGAUGCAGAUGGCAGACAUAAUGGCAUCAAACACAGAACCAGCCUGGCUCAGACAACCACCGGACAACCACAUCAGAGAGCGGACUCAUGAGAAAAAACCAAGAAAUCCAAAACCAAGUCCUUCCUAUCCACAGCAUGAUAGUAAGUCUAACGGGUCACCAGUCGUGAUAGAGUUGGACCAGUCUGGCUCUGAUGAGGAGGACGGCCAACAGAAUCUGAGUGGCCAUGUUGUUGAUCUUACUUCAGAUGAGGAUAUGUCAGAGGAACAUCCUGUCGUAGAAGUAAGCCAGGACAAGCUUGUUGAGCAGAACCUUUAUUCUCUAAAACACGUGUCUGUUAAUCAGGAGAGGAGUUACUUGGUAGCCGAUGAAUCCUCCCCUCCGGAGGUGAUUGAAGAGUCUCUGGUGGUCUCGGAUACCAGUGAUGCUGAAUUGGGUGACAUGGAAGAUGCCUCCAAUCCAAAACUAAGAGACGAGGUUUCUCUGUGUGGGGCUGCUAAUGAUUCAGCAGGUGACGGCAGCAUGGCCUAUUUUACAGCAGUUGAUGAAGACAAACAACUUUCAAACGAAACCUCACACUCAAACGAUUCCAAGACAGACUUGGGCCUCUCACAUUUAACAGCCCUGCAGAAUAAAAGACUUUCUGUCUUGCAAGCUUCCACUUCAAGCUUCAAAGCAGACACAUCAACCAACGUCAGCACAGGGCUUGAUUCCUUUGGAGGCAACUUCAAUUUACAGCUUGAAGAUAGCGACAUGCUUUCAGACCACGUUGAACUGGAUAAUCUGGAAACUGAAGAAGAGGAGAGGAAGCUGCUGUCACAGCUGCAGAUGGAGGGGAGCUUUAACAUAAAUAAAUCUCUUUCUGAGAAACAACAUAAAGCAGUCAACCAAAGCUUCAACGGCAACAGCUCUGUAAUGGACAAUUCAAUGGAUAACUCCAUUGUGACUAAGAAGAAAAAAAGAGCAGCAAUAAUUGAUGACAGUGAUCAAGAUGAUGUUGAUGACAAGAGUCACCUGGACAAUUCCUUUCAGGUUCUUGGCGCCUCCACACCUAAAUUGGUGUCAUCUGUCCGCACUCCUUUUCGGUCAAGAAAGAGUGUCGGAGGCAACACCUCCGUGGCCUCACACCGAUCCCUCAUUCUAUCCAUCGUCGAAGAUAUGGAGAAAAUCAAAGACAACCAAGAAAUUACCAGUGAGGAGGAAGAAGAUGAUGUUUCAGAAAGGCAUUAUGACGCAGCAGAAGAGGACCUCACUGGUUCGACUCAUGAUGCGCUUCAGGUGGAGGAGACCCUUGACACAGAGAGUGAGGAGGAUGUGGAAGAAGAGGAGGCAGAUGUACAAGGAGAGGAGGAGGAUGAUGAGGAGUACUCAGAGUCAGUAGAUGACGUUGAGGAGUCCGAACAGGAAAUGACCAGCAACAUGGAGGAGUCGACCAGCGAGCCCGAGCUAGCCUCAGACGAACAAAUGGAUCAGUGCACGGCUGAUGGAGUCAAAUUGAGCAGUAACGGCAUCCUGUCCGAGGAGGGGAGCUUCGAAGCCCUGGUCAGGAGAGGGAAGGAGUACCAGAGCAAAGGCAAGCCUGAUGACGCAUUGAGCUGCUUCCUCAGAGCUAUCGACAUCCAACCUGGAGAUCCUGAAGUUCAGCUCAUGACCAUCCAACUGUACCGGCAGAUGAGCCAGAGAAGUUAACAAAACAAUCCUGAUACUUAAAAAAAAAAACCUGAACCUUAAAUUAUACUGUUGGAAUAGACAGUUGGGACAAUUUGCACAACAAAACCAACAAUGUGUUUGUUUUAAAGACUUCACACAAGGCAACUACAAAGAGAAAUUCAAGUACAAAUUAUAUUUUAAGUUUGGGUUAUUGAUUUGUUUUGCUAGCUGGGUACAGGAUAGCAUUGGAAAGCACCUUGUUACAUUUGUGAAAGAAAAAUAAAAGUUAUUCUGAGUUUAUUUCUCAUGAACUGUUGAUUCAUAUACUUGUUUCUUCUUAAAAGGGGUAAAAUAAAAAUGUUGCUAGUAAAGUUGUUUAUAUUUCCUAUCUAGAAGAAAAAUACAGAAUAUCACUAAACUGAUUCUUUAACAGACUAUAUCCCUCAAUUUAAUAUAACCGUUGAUUUAAAAAAAGAAAACUAUUUUGUAACCUUGUAUAGAGUGUAUCUUCCUGAAAGAGCUCAAAUGAAUUAUUUCCUAGUAAAGUUGUUUCGAACUGAAUGUUCUUUGUUUUCUUUGGGUUGGGACUGUUUCUGGUAGAAUGACUUAAUGGAGAAUAUAGGUAGAGCGAUUAAAAAAGUGGAGAGGUGGUCAUAUAACUGGGGAUUCAAAAUGUCAGAAAGCAAGUCAUGCUACAUGGUAUUUACAAAUAAACACAAAAUUGAUGGCCAACAGCUAACACUAUAUGAUCGUCCAAUGACAAAGGUGAAUGAGUUCAAAUACCUAGGACUGUGGUUUGAUAGCAAAUAUACAUGGGAAAUGCAUAUUAAUCAAGUGGAAACAAAAUGCAAAAAAGUAUUAAAUCUAUUACGAGCUGUAACUGGGGCACAGACAAACAAGCAUUAAUAGAUAUUUACAGAUCUAUUAUGAGGUCCACAAUAGACUGGUUGUAUAGUGUAUGGAGCAGCAGAAAAAACAUCGCUUUUAAAAAUGGAUAGAAUACAAUAUACAGCAUUGCGGCUGUGUAUUGGAGCGAUAAAGUCAUCCCCUAUUAAUGCAGUUCUGAUAGAAGCAGGAGAGACACCUCUGGAGAUCAGAAGAGACAAACUUGCUCUGUCAUACUGGGUCAGGCUACAAGGAAGUGGAGAGGAAAAUAUCACAAACAGAAUACUACAGGAUUGCUGGGAAUAUAUAAAGUUACAGGGGCAUGGGUUUGGCUGGACAAGUAAGGAGAGAACGAGGACAUAUGGAGUGGCGACCAUAACGUUUGCUAAAGCAAGCCCAGUUAGCCGUGUUCCCCCAUGGAUUUCCCCAGAAGCUAACAUAGAUAUGAGUAUCAUAGAAAGGAAAAAAGAGUGGCAAAUAAAUGAAGUGGGAAUUAAAACGAGUAUACGUACCUGAACGAAAAGUACUACAAUUACCUACAAAUGUACACAGAUGGUUCUAAGAACAAGGAAGAGUCUGUUGGAGUUGGUAUAUACAUCCCAGACUUUAAUCAAUCUCAAAAAGAGCGUCUGAUCAAUUAUCAGUGUAUUCAGCAGAACUGCUGGCAGUAAUAAUAGGAUUACAGUGGGUUGAAGAGGUCAGACCAGAUAGGGUGGUGAUAUGCACAGAUUCAUUGUCCAUUGUUACGUGCCAGGCAGGCUGUACUGGUGUGGUUUUCCUUCCCUCCUGUGUUUCUCUCUUCUCCCUGUCUUCUGCACAGCUAAUCAGCAGCUGAUCGGUAUCUGCCUGUGCACCUGAGUCUGAUGGCUGAUUGGAUCCUCUCACCCUCAGCUGGCCUAUCAGCAGCCAGGGCCGACCAUAAAGGAGGCACCCAGGAAGUCUUCUCGCUCUCUCACUCUGGGCCUGUUGCUGAUGAAGGAGCCUGCAGUAUUUAGCCACUAAAUUUCUUUGUAUUGUCUGACCUUAUUGAAAGUGUGUUGAGAGGUGGAGGAGUUAGGUAAGUCUGGGGUACCCUGUACAUUUCUCACCACGUAGCUAACUAAUGUUUAGACACACUAGGUUAGCGGAUUGUUGCCACCCCUGUAUAUUGUUUUGUCAAAGUCUUUGUAGUUUAGUUAGUGAGGGUUUUUGUUUGAGUUUUGGUUUCAAAGGAUAGAUGUAGAGAUAGGCCUGGUUUUGUUAUGCUUGUUUCUUUUGUUUGGCGCAAUCCUUUGACUCCUCCUCCUCCUCACCAACUAAGGUUUCAGUUACAUGUCUGUUCGGUUCUGGGUUAAGAAAAUAAACCUUUUGUAAACUGUUA